AAUUGUGCGAAUGUGUACCUAGUUGUUAAUAGUAAAGUUCCAUACAAUCUUUACUAUUCACUUUGUAAGAAGGAAAAAAUCGAAAUGAAAACCGUUAGGUUUUUUAUUUUUGUUUAUUUAGCGCUAAUUUUAGAACAGUUCGUGUGAAAUGAAGGGUUAUGCUUUUAGCACAUCCAUAAAUGGAUGCACUGAGCGUACUUCAAAAGAAAUUGUAAUUACCACUGCAAAUAAUGAAUCGAUUGUUUUUCUCAGCAUUUGUUUCUGCCAAAUUAAAGUCAAAAUUUCAAAUUCACCGCCGAUGAUUAUUACAGAGAUAUGCCCAAAGUGAAACCUCCAACAAACGUUGUACAUACAAUGGAAGAAAAGCAAGAGCUUCCAGUCGACCUUCUAAAAGAAAAGCCCAAAGAAGACGGGCGUAAUCUUCAGCGGAUGUUAAAAUGCGAUGACAUUUCCUUGUCAAAAUUAGUGAAAAAUUCGAUGGGUCGGGUUGUUCAGUGUGCGGGUUGCGUGGUCCUGUAUUUAAUUGACUUUGUAAUCAAUUUCAGCCAAAGUGAAUGUGUCCGAAACGUUCUUGUUGUAUUUCUAACGGUCUCUUUGGAAGCAUUUGUCGUAAUGGUUUUGGCAAUCUGCACAGUUUUAACUACGAUUAUCGUCAAUGCUGAAGACACCUACAAAAGUUACAGUGACGGUGUUACAGUAGUUCCCCAAGAGGAAACAGGGGUCGAAGAGAUAAUACCAGUGAAUCCAAGUUAUCGACAAGAGAGGCGAAUGGUAGAUGAUCAUGACUUAGAGAGAGAGAACUCUUUCUGUUCCGCAAGGUUGGUGGUAUAAUCCGACGGGUUUUUAAAAAAUUUGUUGUACUUGUACAAAUUAAACGUCUUUGGUUA